GGCGGCGACGCAGCACCGCGGCACCUCAGUUGCUCCACGGUUUCCGGACUCUGCGGACUGACUGACUCAGUUUCAGAGAUAAAAGAACAAGCCUAUACCAACCGACUCGUUACAUACCGUUCAACAUAUCGGCGUCGGACGACAGUUCGAUCAUCAUUCGGACCGAAGAAGACUGAGACAAUUGAUGAGGAUGCACAUAGCGGAGACAUGGGCGAUCCUGCUGUUGGCGCACACGAGUACCCUGCUGCUGGUCGGCUCCCAGUACGUCGGCCCCUUUCCCGGCCAGAGGCUAACGCAGCAACAGCAGCACCAGGCGGCAGCGCAAGCACAGGAGCUCGGAUACAGCGACAAGCGGGCCUCGACGAUGGCCGAGCCAACCUGCGAGGAGCUGCGCGCCAUGUGGCGCUACAGCAAGCGCCAGAGCAGAGCCGCCGAGAGCACCAACGAGCUGCCCGUUUACCGCGACCCCUUCUCCUACAACGUAUGGGAGGCCUACCCCAGCCGCUCGCCCAGCACCGGUUAUCGAGAAGAGUACACGGGUCCGGCGCGCAGUCGAGGUGCCGGUGGUGCGCCUAUCUACGGCAAGCUGGUCCACAAGGCGCCGGCGGGUAGUCGUCUGCGCAACGGUAUGCCCGACCGAGCGAGGGCCUUCGAGGAAGUGGCCCGACUCUACGGGACGGUGAAUAGACAGCCGCCGUCCCAGCGGCGCCGGCUGACCAGCUUCCGAGUUGGCGGCGGACCCGUCAACCCCAACCUACCCCAGGCCGGAAGCUUCCAACACCUCAAGGAGAUCAUUCUCACCGAGCGCGCCAGAGAGCUACAGGAACAGCGCCGAGCGGAGGAGAUGGCAGCGCGAGCUGCGGUACUGAAGGAGAUGACGUCGGGUGAGCGCAUGAGGCAAAGCAACGCGCACGAGUCGCGCAACGCCAACUUCCUCAGCUCGCUGCAGGGCAGCUACCAGUCGGACCCGAAGAACUACGACUUCGCGCAGGCCCAAUACGUGCCCGAUAUCGGCCAGGCGUUCUCGAAAUCGGAUCAUCACUACGCUCGGGAGUACAUGCUGCGCCGCUAGAGAACCCCGGCUGCCGAGAGGAGCCGCCGAAGAGCUGAGAAGACACACAGCUAUGUAUACAUGCAGAAUACUUUGUUCGAGCUGGAGCGCCCGCAUUAUAUACCUAUAUAUAUACGCCACGUCUUAGCCUGCACAACCUACUUUUCUCUCUCUCUAGCUCUCUACUACUCUAUAUACACUCCUUCUUCUGUAUAGCGACUGAAACACUACAACGGCAUAUCUAUCUGUCUACCCCCGCUUGCGCCUCUAUAGAUUUCCCCUGUGGGAAGAUCGCGCGGAGAAAAGUUUUGAUGCUGCAUAGGAGGAGCUGCUGAUAUGGUAUAUUUUCUCCGCGCGAGCACUCGAGCAGCCGCAUCGAAGCUUCGAGAUAGAUCAUCCGCGGGGAGAUCAUUAUUAUCAUAUCCUACGUGUACUGAGACUAUGGAGGAAAAGGCAUUGUGAGAGUAGAUCGCUUUUAUCGCUUGAUAUUCCUGCGCCAAGUUCGGUUUCUUCACGAUCGCGACGAGGUCCUGCUGGAGACAAUAAGUUUUCAUUUUGUUGCCUAUGUAUAAUAAUCCAACUGUAUGACAAUACCUUUUUCUCGGUGCGAAUGAAAAUUGAACGAUUAUACGGCGCGACUGUCGAGAAUAGAACACGGGACACUUAUCGUUGUGUACAGUCUCUCGCUGCUCUCGCUCGUAUUUUUCGUUGAUUUCUAUAAUUAAGUAUAGCGUCGCAUAUCAGGUGUUAUUGAACUAGACAAUAAUGCGUAUAUCAACGGCGCAUAAGUCAUUUCGUUUUUCGGUCUUUUGACGUUUUUUGAAAAUUCAAUGAGCGACACGCGCGAGUCUGCUGUAGGUCUCGACGUACGCGUACGUACCUUUAUAUAAUAUUAUACAUUACCCAUCGCAAUUCGCGAUAUAACCCAUGACAAUAAUCGAGUGAUUCACUGACUGGAAAUUAAUAAUAUGUACAAGUAACUCUGAAUAAAGGUUAUAUGAUUUCGAGGUGUACCUAUACGUCGAAACCUACCGAUGCGAGACUUGAGGAGAAAUAUUUGACUUCUUGAAUGUGGCGGCGGACGAUAUUUCUCGUCGAAUUAUACAUAUAUAUAUACACACACACACAUAUAUAUAUAAAUAUAACGUUGACAAUAAACUCUUAAAUGAUAAGAAAAACAUCAUGUGUGCAUUUAAAUUUUGAUCGAAUAAUUGUCUAUAUUAUUCUUUAUUAUUGCAUGUAAAAUAAGCACGUGCAAACUUGCUGAUGGUUCUCGGACAAAAGAAAUGAAAAUUGUACGCGCGCGUCAGAACUCAGUUCUCUCUCUCUCUCUCUCUGUUACGUUACAUAUUAUAAUAAUGCAUAUUUCGAAAUAAUGAUCUUUUGUCGAGUGAUAUAUAUCGAUGCAUAUUAUAUACAACUAUUAUGUAAGCAUGUGUAUCUUAUUGUAUACGAGAAGCUUGAGCGCGCGAUAUAUAACCAACAAUUCCUUUUAACGAGAAAUAAAGUCAUGAAUUGAAAUUUUCGACAAUAAUGAAAACGUAUUACGGUUUUUCGAUUGAAUUUUUUCACCGAGAACGCAAAUUCAAGCCGGAAAAUGAUGAUGAUGAGGCAUGGAGAUGAAGAGCGAAGAACAUAAAUGAUAUAUGAAGAUGAAGAAAAGUCCAAGAAGACGAACGACAAGUUCCUAGCGCCAAAAUUUACUAUAGCUAAGAUGCGAAUUUUUUACUUGUAUGACAAAUAAAUAAUUUCUAUAAUAGUGAAUUGGGAAUUUACAUCAAACAAUAAUUAAUAAUCGAGCGCGCUGUGCUUUUCGUUCUUCUUCCAAAAGUGAACAAAAAAUAAAAAAAAAAUGAAAAAUCAACUUGUAAAUGCUGUGAGAACAAUCGUAAUGUAACUAAUAUGACUAAUGUACUUAUAAAAAAUAUAUAUAUAUACACAUAUGAAUCCAGUUAUAUUUACGGUAGAUAUUUUUCGAUACCCAAUAGAACGAUGGUUUCGAUAUAAGAAUAUUCUUGAGAAAAUCUAGAACCAAAAAUAUGAGUAUAACAAAAAAAAAAAAUUACAAAAAAAGCGAGAGAUACAUCUCGAGGCAAGCCUGAGAGCGAGCGAAAACCGGAUGAGAAUCUCUUCGCUCUUUCCCAGACUUUCGUAGGCUAUUAUUAUUAUUAUAUACACACAUACACGUAAUAUCACACGGACACGCUCACUUGUGCGGGAAAGCGUAUAAUACACACGUACACAGGCGGAAAAAUCGCGCGAUGGGACAGUGAUAAAUCAUCAGACGUUACUCUUUUCGCGUUCGUUCCUUCGUUCUGCAAACGCCAAAUACAUUAUACAAACUUUGCGCUAAUUUGCAUGAGAAUUAAAAACUAACUACACUCUCUGCGCUACGAGAAGUUUUUGAAUUUUCAAACUUUUUUUAUGUUUCUCUGACAAAACAAACUACAGCCCGCGGAUGAGUAAUGUUCGAAAAAGCUUGUGCAGCUUAUCAAUUGUGAAUUCAUGAAUAAUAAAUUACACAUGCCUAUGCGCCCAGCGUUAUAAAUUUGUAAAUACCUCGAAGGAAAGUGAUAUAUUGGAGGAAGAAAACAAAAUGAAAGAAGUUGCUGGUGAUUUAUGAUUGAACCGUCUGACGUCUUUCUUCGGUAACCAAGAAUUUAAAUGUGUCAGACAAUAAUCGCUUGACAAACGCGUUAAGGCUGCAGUUAAGCCUGAUAUAUAUACACACAUAUAUAAAUAUAACUAUAUUAUAUAUAUAAAAAAGAUAUAUAUUACGCGCAUAAGAAUUGACGAGGAAGCCCUGCAUGUGAAUUGGGUGCUGUGUUAAUUUUUGCGAAAAAGCGAGCGAAUGAAGAAAA